GCACAUAAAUAUGCCAGCCUCACAGAAUCCUGCUGGGUGGGAAGGAAAGAUCUGCACAUACAGACCAGCAAAGAGUAGCUCAUCCUGUGGAAGGAAACUCAGAGGAGAGACUCUCGGAAGGACAGCGGCCAUGGACCUGAUCCCAAGCUUUUCCACGGAAACCUGGGUCCUCCUGGCUACCAGCCUGGUGCUCUUCUACCUAUAUGGGACCUACUCGCAUGGACUUUUUAAGAAGCUGGGAAUUCCUGGGCCGACACCUCUGCCUCUUUUUGGAACUGUCCUGUCUUACCGCAAAGGCUUUUGGGAUUUUGACAACAAAUGUUUUAAAACCUAUGGAAAGAUGUGGGGGUUUUAUGAUGGUCGACAACCUGUGUUGGCUAUCACGGAUCCAGACAUGAUCAAAGCCGUACUAGUGAAGGAAUGUUAUUCUUUCUUCACAAACCGGCGGAAACUUGGCCCAGUUGGACUUAUGAAAAGUGCUCUCACAGUGUCUGAGGAUGAAGAAUGGAAGAGAAUACGAGCAUUGCUGUCCCCAACUUUCACCAGUGGAAAACUCAAAGAUAUGUUCCCCAUCAUUGGCCAGUAUGGAGAUGUGCUGGUGAGGAACCUGAGGAGGGAGGCAGAGACGAGCAAGCCCAUCACCAUGAAAGACAUCUUUGGGGCCUACAGUAUGGAUGUGAUUACUAGCACAUCAUUUGGAGUGAACAUUGAUUCCCUUAACAACCCACAAGAUCCCUUCGUGGAAAAUGCCAAGAAACUCUUGAGAUUUGAUUUCCUUGAUCCACUCUUUCUCAGCAUAAUUCUGUUUCCAUUCCUUAUCCCUGUAUUUGAAGUAAUCGGUAUCAGUCUGUUUCCAAAAAAUAUUACUGAUUUUUUCACAAAAUCUGUAAAAAGGAUUAAAGAAAGUCGCCUCAAAGAUACACAAAAGAACCGAGUGGAUCUUCUUCAGCUGAUGAUUAACUCCCAGAAUUCCAAAGAAGUGGACGGCCAUAAAGCUCUGACUGAUAUGGAGCUUGUGGCCCAAUCUAUUAUCUUUAUUUUUGCUGGCUAUGAGACAACUAGCAGUGUUCUUUCCUUCCUUACAUAUUUAUUGGCCACUCACCCUGAUGUCCAGCAGAAACUGCAGGAGGAGAUUGAUGCAACUUUCCCAAAUAAGAUGCUACCUUCCUACGAUGCCCUGGUGCAGAUGGAGUACCUUGACAUGGUGGUGAAUGAAUCUCUCAGAUUAUUCCCAGUUGCUGGUAGACUUGAGUGGUUCAGUAAGAAGAACAAGGACAGCAUAAAUCCGUACACAUACCUGCCUUUUGGAACUGGACCCCGAAACUGCAUCGGCAUGAGGUUCGCUCUCCUGAACAUGAAAGUGGCUAUCGUCAGAGUCCUGCAGCACUUCUCCUUCAAACCUUGUAAAGAAACACAGAUCCCCUUGAAAUUAAGCAAUCAAGGACUUAUUCAACCGGAAAAACCCAUUGUUCUGAAUAUUGAGUUGAGAAAUGGAACCUUGAGUGGCGCCUGACUUUCACUGAAGAUUCUGCUUUGUUCUUCCGGGAAGCUGGAUCCCACACCACCAGAGACCUCAGCUGACUCUGUGAAUAAAACCCGGGGAUGAAGAGGCUGUUAAUGUAGUGCACGUGAUGAGUAGGACUUCUGAAUGUUCAUUUCACUUUCCGGUGUCCCAGUGGAGUAUUAUAUAUCCUGGUAACAUGCAGUAGGACACUAAUGAGCACCAGCUUAUCUGGUUCUCUGGACUCUCUCUGUCCACCCCAAGUGAGCACCUUCUGCUCCUCCUGAGCUCUGAUCAAGAAUGAAAUUUCUCAACAAUUUCAUCAACCAUCUCUAAUGAAAACAAGAAUGAUUGCAGCAAUGAUUAUAGCACAUAUGUUGUUUUGAAUUUCUAUAUUAGGCAUUAUAUUGAUCAAGUCAAUAAACAUCUCUUUACAAAGUG